GGUACCCUGACAGGCCCAACCAGACCGCGGUAGGAGCGAGAAAGGCAAGUCGGGCCUGCACGCCUCUUCCGCCCAGGGCCCGGAAGGGUGAUGUGGCUGGGGUUUCGCCGGCCUCACUAUGUCUGCCAUUUUCAAUUUUCAGAGUCUGUUGACUGUAAUCUUGCUGCUUAUAUGUACCUGUGCUUAUAUCCGAUCCUUGGCACCCAGCCUCCUGGACAGGAAUAAAACUGGGUUGUUGGGUAUAUUUUGGAAGUGUGCCAGAAUUGGUGAACGGAAGAGUCCUUAUGUUGCGAUAUGCUGUAUUGUGAUGGCCUUCAGCAUCCUCUUCAUACAGUAGCUUGGAAAAAUGCCAGAAUUCAGUUGCAAUCAGAUUUAAAUAUGAAAAAAAAAGGACUUACCUGCAGAAAAUAAUGGAAAGAAUGGUUAACCCUUUUAUCUCUGAACAUUGAAUGAGAUAAAUUUUCAGCUGCUGUUCUCUAUUUUUGUUAUUGGACCAAUGUUCUAUAUAAAUAAUUAGGAUGUAACCAUUUAAUACUCAGAGUUUAAAUAUGUCUGUAACAAUCAACCUCAGUACUGUCACUACAAUAUUACAUUCUGCAUAUGUCAUUCUAUUGUGUCAGAUACCAGUUUUUAGUGAGGUAUUUUUAAGGCACAUAGGAAAACAAAAUCGGUAAAUUAGUUAAGUUCCUUUCACCGUGAUUUGGAAACGAUAAAUCUUUAUAGAAUGAGACUUUUUGGACUAGCUUUUUUAUUGAAAAAAAAAGGUUCAAUUCGUGUUGGUAAUGACUGCAUUCAUAUUUAAUAAUGCUUGCUUUUCUCUGGCCACAUCAUUUUGAGCAUUAACCAGAAUACCUCUACUGUUAGCAAACUGUAGUUUAUUGCAGGUAUUUAAACUAUUUAACACAAGCCUAUGCAGUUCUUAAGGAGGAAAAUAAAUGAGAAGUGACUUAAGAGUGCCAUUGAGAAAAUGUUCCUACUUACCAUAAAAGAAUUCAGAAUACCUGACUGGUGUUAUCGUCUCUGAAACCUCUGGUUAAGUAUGGAUAAAUGUCUUAAGCAUAAAUUUGACCAGCUAACUGUCAUUUUUGGAAUAAGACUACAUGCUUAGAGUAAAAAAGAGCUAAACAGAAUGAUAAUCUUACAUGCGUCUUUCAUUCUUUUUAGUGUUAGGUCUCUACAUUUUAAUUACCCCAAAAUGCAAACUGUGGUAUUUGUUUUGUUUUCUUUUGUGU